CACACAAAAGUAAAGGAUGCCAUAAUCCAAUUACAGAAUCUAAUUCCAUCUUAACCUACAUGCAAUGUUCCUUAUUUCUAUAUAAAUCUUUUUGUUCAAUCUCACAAUCUGUUCAAUACAUUAAAAACAAACUUGCUCCUUUAUUGAAGGCCUUUGCAGAAGAAAAGAAACAUUUGUUACUAAUUUUCUCCUCACAAGUCAGAAUGACCAAUUUGGUAGAAGUAAAGGUUGGUUUGCACUGUGAUGAAUGUAUCAAGAAAAUUCUCAAGGCCAUCAAGAAGAUUGAAGAUAUUGAAACUUAUAAUGUGGAUAAGCAGCUAAACAAGGUCAUUGUUACCGGUAAUGUGACCACAGAAGAAGUGAUUAGAGUUCUUCAAAAGAAUGGCAAGAAUGCAACACCUUGGGAACAAGAUCUUCAACCUCAACCCAAUUGCUGAAUUCACAAUCAAUUCUCUUACUAUUAUUAUUAUUAUUACAAGUUUUCUUUCCCCAUAGAAACAUAAUAUAUAAACUAUUCAUGAUCAUCUAUCUAUAUGAAUUUGUAAAACCUACCCAAGUUUUGUAAUUCUUGUGACCUUUAUUAUAUUGUCAUAUAUUUUAUUUUAGAGUAAAGUACUAUUUUAGUCUUAAA